AUGAGCAAGCCGGCCGGAUCAACAAGCCGCAUUUUAGACAUCCCCUGCAAAGUGUGUGGCGACCGCAGCUCCGGGAAGCACUACGGCGUGUACGCUUGCGACGGCUGCUCCGGCUUCUUCAAGCGCAGCAUCCGGAGGAACCGGACGUACGUCUGCAAGUCUGGAAACCAGGGAGGCUGCCCGGUAGACAAGACACACAGAAACCAAUGCAGGGCUUGUCGGCUGAAGAAGUGUUUGGAAGUCAACAUGAACAAAGAUGCCGUGCAGCACGAGAGGGGGCCUCGCACGUCCACCAUCCGCAAGCAGGUGGCCCUGUACUUCCGCGGACACAAGGAGGAGAACGGGGCCGCCCACUUCCCCUCGGCCGCCCUGCCCGCUCCCGCCUUCUUCACGGCCGUCACGCAGCUGGAGCCGCACGGCUUGGAGCUGGCGGCCGCCGUGUCCGCCACCCCGGAGCGGCAGACCCUCGUGAGCCUGGCGCAGCCCACGCCCAAGUAUCCCCAUGAAGUGAAUGGGACUCCCAUGUAUCUCUAUGAAGUGGCCACAGAGUCUGUGUGUGAAUCAGCUGCUAGGCUUCUGUUUAUGAGCAUCAAGUGGGCUAAGAGUGUGCCAGCUUUUUCCACGCUGUCUUUGCAAGACCAGCUGAUGCUUUUGGAAGAUGCUUGGAGAGAACUGUUUGUUCUAGGAAUAGCACAAUGGGCCAUUCCGGUUGAUGCUAACACUCUACUGGCUGUAUCUGGCAUGAAUGGUGACAACACAGAUUCACAGAAGCUGAACAAGAUCAUAUCUGAAAUACAGGCUUUACAAGAGGUGGUGGCUCGGUUCAGACAGCUCCGAUUAGAUGCUACUGAAUUUGCCUGUCUAAAAUGUAUUGUCACUUUCAAAGCGGUUCCUACACACAGUGGCUCUGAAUUGAGAAGCUUCCGGAAUGCUGCAGCCAUUGCAGCUCUCCAGGAUGAGGCUCAGCUAACGCUCAACAGCUACAUCCAUACCAGAUAUCCCACUCAACCUUGCCGCUUCGGAAAACUCCUGUUGCUUUUGCCAGCUUUACGUUCUAUUAGCCCCUCCACCAUAGAGGAAGUGUUUUUCAAAAAAACCAUCGGCAAUGUGCCCAUCACGAGACUGCUUUCAGACAUGUACAAGUCCAGUGAUAUCUAAACCCUCCAAGCUCCCGCCUCUUCAGGAUGGGACAGUGUCAAAAUGAACUAUACUACCCACGGAGAGCAAGCCUC